AUGGCGACACAAGCGACGCCCUUGCCAAGGGUGAAGCUGGCAUCUGGUCCCGCGCCUUUGACAGCAGAGCAGAGAUACUGGAAGGCGUUCAAGAACCAGCUCCUGAUCCCGUCGCCGACCAAUUUCCCGAUUACUCACGUCUCGAACAGCAACGACUGCUUUGCCGUGACGACAGGCACGCGCGUCCAGAUCUACUCGAGCCGCACCCGCAAGCUGCUCAAGACAAUCACCCGCUUUGGAGAUGUGGCGCGGAGCGGAGAGAUUCGCCGGGAUGGCCGCGUGCUGGUAGCCGGAGACGACACGGGCAGGAUACAGGUGUUUGAUGUGAACUCUAGGGCUAUCUUGAGGACGUGGCUGGAGCACAAACAGCCGGUGUGGACGACGAGAUUCUCGCCCGUGGAGCUUACUACGGUGCUGAGCACGAGCGACGACAAGACGGUCAGGUUGUGGGAUCUGCCCAGCAGCGAGCCUACGAGCACGUUUGUGGGACACUCGGAUUACGUGCGAGCCGGAAGCUUCAUGCCGGGAACCAUGGCCAAUAUGGUGGUGUCUGGAAGUUACGAUUCGACAGUCAAGCUCUGGGAUCCGCGGACAGGGAACAACGCUGCGGUCAUGACGUUCAAGCACGCUGCCCCCGUCGAGAGCGUCCUUCCUCUGCCGACGGGAACGACUGUCCUGGCUGCCGCCGGUAGCGCGGUCAGCGUACUCGACCUCGUUGCCGCACGACCGCUACAUCUCAUCACCAACCACCAAAAGACAGUCACGUCAAUGAGCCUGGCCUCUGGUGGCCGCCGUCUUGUCACCGGUAGCUUGGAAGGCCAUGUCAAGAUGUUUGAGACGACUGGGUGGAACGUUGUCAACAGCUUCAAAUACCAAGCCCCUAUUCUUUCCGUUUGCGCCAUCCCCUCGAGCGACACCUCUGAUGCUGGCGACCGCCAUCUCGCCGUCGGCAUGCAAUCCGGUGUUCUUAGCAUCCGCACACGACUUACCGCCGCCGAGGCCACGCGCGAGCGUGAGCGUGAAAAGGAAAUGGAUGCCCUCGUUGCUGGCACUAUCGAUUCCCUUGACGCGAAGAAGCAGAAGCGCAAGCGCCGCAUCGAAGCCACCAAGCGCCUCGAUCUUCUCGGCGAAGGCGCCGACGUUGUCAUCGCCAAUGAAGGUCGCGCUCACAAGAAGGAGAGACCAUGGCAAUCAGACCUCCGCCACGCUCGCUAUGCUAAAGCCCUCGACCAAGUCAUUGACCGUUCAUCACCCGAGUACGCACCCCUUAACGUCCUUACCUUGCUGCUCGCGCUUCGCCAUCGCAGCGCUGUACGAGAUGCGCUGGAGAACCGCGAUGAGCAGAACGUGCAGCCCGUUCUGAAGUGGGUAUGCGGACACAUUUGCGAUCCCCGCUACGUGAGCAUCUGUGUGGAAGUUGGAAUCCACUUGUUGGAUCUGUAUGCCGAAUACGUCGGUGCUUCAGCAGAGCUACAUCAGGGAUUCAAGACUUUGCACAGGAGAGUCAAGCUCGAGGUUGAGAGGGCGCAGAUAGCCUGCCAGAGCGGAGGAAUGCUAGAGAGCUUGAUGAUGGGGGCGAUAUAA